AAAGGGCACAAAGGCCUUGCCUUUCUUGUAAGGUAACAAGCAGAGUUGAAGCAGCCAUGGCUCUAAAGAUCAAGACUUUUCUUUUGGCUCUUCUCUUGCUUUUCUUGCCCUUUACUUCAGGUUUUGUUGAAGGCUUCAGGGAAAACAUGCAUCCUUCAGCUGGUCACUUACUUUACAGGGAUGGUAUGAAGAUGAAGUCAAGGAAACUGUUUGGGCAUGCAUAUUUGCUGGAUUAUGGGGAAGGAGGGGCCAGCGGAAAGCAUAGGAAGCCUGGCAAGAGCCCUUGACCAUCUUUGUCCUAAUCAUAUAAUCAUAUAAUCAUAUCAUAUCAUAUAUAUAUAUAUAUAUAUAUAUAAAAUAAGCAUUUUUCCAACUGUCUUUCUCAUGUUUGAGGAGACAAGUGCAUGGUACAAGAUAUAGAUGAGUUUCUUGAUGUGUUUGUACUGAGGCUAUACAGUAUGUACACAAGUCGCUGCUUAUGUAUGAGCCCCAAGAGAAGUAAGAAUAAAGUCUUACCUUGUAUUCUGUAACUCAGGUAAACUCAAGAAUUGCUGAUGUUCUGUUUCAA